AUGGUUGCUCAUUUCCUAUCUUCUCCUCAAGCUCUGUCUCUCACGAGAAAGCAAGUUCGAGGCAAAAUUCAAAGCUACCUUAGAAACAGAGGCCGAGAAGUUCCAGAAGCUUCUGAAAACGUUCGGAACAAAUAUUUGAAGAGUAGUAAGAGUCAAGUUCUUAAGCUCUUUCCGACAAAUGUGGAUGUGUCGAGACGUAUUCCAUGGAGGCUAGAGAAGAAGAGGAAGGCGAGGCUAGAGAAGAAGAUGAAGAAGGAGAAUAAGAGGAAGAAGCAGGCUCUUGCUGAGUGUGCGUUCAGAGAGAAGAGGAAGAAGGAGAAGGAGGAGAGGAAGAAGAAGGAACAUAUGAGGCAGCAUCUUGAUAAGUUAGAGGUUGAGUAUUGGGGUCGAGUGUGGAAGUCCGAUGGUUUCGAUGAUAGCUUGCGUUUACCUAUCUUCGUUUCGAGAUUAAUGCGAGUUUACAAGUGUGAGAAACCGAAUGAUUGUCCCGUUAUUGUGCGCCUUUAUGCUAAGAUGGGCCUUCAUCAAUACAAUAUGCUGCAGGGAACCAACUUUCAGCUUCGCCGCGUAGAGAAAUACAAUAGGGAAAGUACAUUAUACGGUAGGCCUUGCUCGUAUUAUGUAACUUCGGUCGCAGAGGAUCCUGCUACAGGUUCCCUUGUACCUUUUCAGACUAGUAGUCACGAAAGAAGUAUUAACGUAUUGAAUAUCGGGUUUUAUAUUGCUAGACCUCAAGAUACAGGGGAAAAGGGUACGAUUUGUCAUGAUAGAACUGCACCUGGAUACUUUAAUAGUAGCGCGCCUGAAUGGCCAUCAGAGACUGAUAAAAACAUUUUUCUAUACAUUAUAUUUACCUUGGUGCAGGAACCAGAGCUGAAAGAAAAUGAAUGGAUUCGCCUAUAUUUGGAAGUUGGAUUCCUCACAACCAAUCGUCGGACUCCGGCUCCUGAGCUGUCGGAUUUGAAGAUUGUGGAGGUGAUGGUAGAAACUAAGGAAAACGCGCAGCUGUCGAAUGAGAGACUCAAGGGGUUUAAAGAUGCAACUUUCUUCAUUAAAUUCGAUCAGGACUUGGGAGAGGGUCAGGUUCGUAACCGCCGAGCUGUCAUUAGAAGAACUGUGGAUUUGAGAUCGAAACGCAUGAGUCUCGAUGGCGAUCUGAGUAUCUGA